UCCAUGCUUUAUUUUUCUAUGCUGGCCUAUAUUUGAACAACAUACUAUGUACUGAGGUCAUAUGUCUCUCCACACACGUGUAUAUAUAUACGGUACUAUCGUGACUUGCCGGGUACUUUACUGUAGACAUUUAUAGAUCUAACAGGUAGAGUGUCGAGGGUACGUAUACCCGGAAUAUACACAGGCGGCUUUUGUGUCAAAUCAGAUCUAGAGUAUGGGUUGUGGACAGAGCAGCAGCACGGCGGCUCCGCGGCCUGUAGCGACAGCAGCAGUACCCCAAGAACCAAAGUAUGCAGGGCCACCCGUUACCUACAAUAUCGUCAAUAUCGACGUACCACACGAAGCUCAAACCGGCUUAGCUUUUGGACCACAGGUUGAGUUUAAGACGCUGACAGGAAGUAUAUACCUACCUGCCCUUACCAACAUGUACGAUCUUGGGUUCCGAAUGUCGACCUUCAACGUUUCUCCCGGAAGUAUGACAGCUUCGGGAUUCGUUUCUCUAAAAAUGGAAACGAAACUUAAAACGCAAGGAAUAUUUCAUAAAGUCAGUGACGAAGAGAAGGGAAAGUGGAAAUUAUGUAUGGAGAAGUCUUGUCUUCCCCAACAAGUGUUUGCAACAGGACUUUUGCAAAUAGGAGGCACUGUCACCUCUCAACCAACCCAUAUAUUCCAGACCAUAGAGAAAUUAUCGGUCGAUGGUGGACGCCUUAUUUCCAUUGAGGUAACAGGUGGAUCAUUUUCGGGAGCGUCAGCAGCACCCGCUGCAACCAUGGGUAUGGGGGCGCAACCAAGCAUGUCUCUCUAUGGUCAUAGUCCGAACACACUUCUGUGUGUCGACAUAUUCUAUGACAUGCCCACAACCCCAGGCGGAGAGAAGUACACGUACCAGAUUGUCCCUGCUCAGAUGUCUGCAGUGCUAAAAACAAUGACAGGUGCCAUUGGGGGAUCUUGGAGUGUUACUUUUGACUGGGCCAAUAUCGUGGGACCGUACCUUUCGCAGGGCUGGAAACUAGUGGAGGUUUUCUUAGACCAGAACAACAAAAGUUUCUCUGACAGAGCAUUCAUGGCAUCGAAGAUAACUUCUGAAGUAGGGGCAAUGUUCAUAUUUGAGAAGCCUUUAUCCAAAAUAAACGACAACACGCCAGUGUAUGAAGCCAAAAUGGUGGAGUACAAGGCCCCGGGAAAGAUGAAGAUGACUGGAAUUGGUAAAACCACAAUUGAAGUCAACGCCAACUGGGAUAGCGUUAUAGCACAGGAAGGUCAAAACGGCUGGGAGAUAGUACGGAUCCUUCAAACGCCUGCAACCAUAUUCAAGCAAUCGCUUAGCAUGACACCAGAGUUUGGUUGGAUGCACUUCAUAUAUUUCCAACGGAAAAUCAUGACGGCGGCACCGGAACCGGAACUGCAGAAGACGGAUGAACCACCAGCACCUGUUAUGCCACCACAACAACAGGAAUCUAGCUAAGCCGAGUAUAUCAGACAGGCCCGAUCGGGACACUGUGAAAGUAGGAAAGUGGAAACAGAAAAGAAAAUGAGCUUCUACCCGAAUUUUAUUAAACAUUUCAGUGUUUAGCAUCUUCCCUUACAAACACAUUUGGGACCUUUGUUCGAAACCUUUUAUUAAUGAUCGAAAUCUUUUAUCCGCGUUGUGUGUUGAAAGGCGUUAUAUAAGGAAACAUAUUUGUCUAUAAAAUCAAAUGUAUUGUGAGCUCAAUGACACUCUAUUGGAUAUGUCACAUCUAAGGAAGAUGUUAUUAGUCCGUCCAAAACAGCAUACUUAUAAACUUGUUUUUAAGUUUAGAAAGUUUGUUAUAUAUAUAAUCUUCAGCAAUGGUGUGAAAGAAAGGUUUUUUUCAUAUUUAGUUUUAAUGCAUUUCUUCCUUGAGCGAUGUCUCCCGGGACACCCGUCUUCAUUUAUGCGAGAACGUUAAACAAUAGUAAUAACACAGAUAACAAAACAAUGCAUUGUUUACAUUUUAGUUUAUCUGCUGUUAAUCAUCAAAUAUAUUUGUUCUAAACAUCCCUACUAUUCAUGUAUCCUUAAUAUACAUAUACAUAUCGAUGCUGCUGUUCUGUGUUUUACGGGUAUCGUGUAACGUUAAAGUAUUAAUCAAUAACUGUGAUACUUUCUCCUGACCAUAUUUAACAAUACAUUUCUCAGUGCAGUCUAUUUUGUUUUCAUUUGUCAGUUUCUUUUUGUAUUAAAAUCUUACACUUAC